AUGAUGUCGAGUCAGCAGCCGCAGCCGAAUAUGGGCCACCGCCACUCGCUGACGAUCGAAACGAAUCCGUUACACCUAUUGCCGUCCAAUGUCCGGCGCUUCUCCCAGGCCGACCAGUUCAAGCCAGGACACGUGAAGCAGGAGAUUCUCGCCAAAAUCGCGCAGACCAGCGGAAUUCCGGAAAACCGCGACGACGAGAAGAAGGAGGAUACUGACGAUGCGAAA